GUGCGUGGAGGCCCUGGUAGUGUACUGCUGGUCGGGGAAGGAGGAGGAACCCUACGUGACCAUCACCCGCAAGCGUCGGCUGCGGAAAGGCUACGAGGUGGAGAUGGAGCAGGAGGUGGGCCACUCGGUGCGCCGGCUGGCCACGCACCGCAACGCCUUCAAGCGCAUGGCGGUCAUCCAGGCCUUCCUGGGCUCCACCCCGCAGCUCACCCUCCAGCUCUACAUCAGCGUCCUGGAGAAGUACGUUCCUGCUGCCCGAGCAGCCCUCAUGGGCAUCUGCCUGGUGUCAGUCACCUACGGAGCGCUCGUCUGCAACGUCCUGGCCAUCCAGGUCAAGUACGAUGACUACAAGGUCCAGCUGCGGCCGCUGGCCUUCCUCUGCAUCGUGCUGUGGCGCAGCCUGGAGAUCUCCACCCGCGUGGCUGUCCUCGUGCUCUUCAGCACCGUCUUCAAGCACUGGAUCAUCCCUAUCGCCUUGGCCAACCUGCUGGUGGUCUUCUUCUUGCCUUGGGUGCAUUUCCUGCCCGACAACAUUGAGAAGAACUUCAGCCGGGUGGGCACGGUGGUGGUGCUCUGUGCCUUCACCCUCCUCUAUGCCAGCAUCAACAUGUUCUGCUGGUCAGCCGUGCAGCUCAAGCUGGCUGACCGGGACCUCAUUGACAAGUCACAGAACUGGGGUCGCCUGGCCGUGUACUAUGUGGCCCGUCUGCUGGAGAACACGGCCCUCGUCAUCCUCUGGUAUUUUUUCAAGACUGACGUCUACGAGAACAUCUGCACCCCGCUGCUGGUGGUGCAGCUGCUCCUGGGCUACUGCCUGGGCAUCUACUUCAUGCUCCUCUUCUUCCAGUCCCUGCACCCCUGUCGCCAGCUCUUUCGGCACAACGUUGCUGAUUUCCUCCACUGUGCAGCCUGGCUGGGCAUCAACAUCUUCCUCUUCACCUACUACUUCCUCUUCUUUGACCGGGAUGAGCGAUACCUCUACACCAGGGCCAUCCUUGGG